AUGGAUUUAAGAUUUUGUAUCCAGUUUUUGCUUUGUAUAAGCCUUCAAUUCAUUUUCACAUUGGCUCACUUUGAUAAUUAUAUCAUUCACAUGAAUUUAUCAGUUAUGCCAAAAGUAUUCUCAAACAAACAUGGUUGGUAUGAAUCCACUCUUUCUCAAGUUAAUAUUACCAACAAUAUUCAACGGUCCACCUCUUCUAAAAUCAUUUAUACAUAUAACAAUGUUAUGAAUGGUUUUAGUGCAAAUCUAUCACCUGAAGAGCAUGAAGCUCUCAAAACAUUCCCUGGUUACAUUUCUUCAAUACCCGAUUUAUCCUUGAAACUUGACACAACAUACUCACCUCAAUUCCUUGGCCUUAAUCCCUACAAAGGGGUAUGGCCAUCUUCUGAUUUUGGCAAAGAUAUCAUUGUUGGUGUAAUAGACACCGGUGUUUGGCCAGAAAGUGAAAGUUUCAAUGAUAAUGGAAUGACCAAAAUACCUACAAAAUGGAAAGGCAAAUUAUGUCAAUUUGAAAAUACCAACAAUUCAUCUUUUUGCAACAAGAAACUUAUUGGAGCUAGAUUUUUCAACAAAGGGUUCUUGGCGAAAAAUUCAAAUAUGGGCGAAACAAUUGUGAACUCUACACGUGACAUAAUCGGUCAUGGGACCCACACUUCAACAACAGCAGGUGGAAGAAGAGUAGACGGUGCAUCUGUCUUUGGUUAUGCAAAUGGAACAGCAAUAGGAAUAGCUUCAUUGUCUAGAUUAGCCAUAUACAAGAUUGUGUUUGGACUAGAUGAUGCUGCACUUUCAUCUGAUAUAAUAGCUGCAAUUGAUGCCGCAAUAUCAGAUGGUGUUGAUAUUCUUUCAAUGUCAAUUGGCUAUUAUGACAAUGCGUCUUUGUAUGAAGAUCCAAUUGCUAUAGCAACAUUUGCGGCUAUGGAAAAAGGUAUUUUUGUGUCUACUUCAGCAGGUAAUCUUGGACCUUCAUUUAAAACUCUACACAAUGGAAUACCGUGGGUAAUAACUGUUGCUGCUGGUACUAUGAAUCGCGAAUCUCAUGGGAAUCUUACACUUGGAAAUGGAGUCUCACUCAUUGGCUUUGCUCCUUAUCUUGGAAACUUCUCAGCAAAUAAUUUUCCAAUUGUUUUCAUGGGCACGUGUGACAAUAUUACUGAACUAAUCAAAGUGAAGAGUAAGAUUGUGGUUUGUGAAGACAAGAAUGGAACUCUUUUUAUCCAAAAUUAUAAUGUGAUUAAAGCAAAAGUUGUUGGAGCUGUUUUCAUAUCAAACAACACACCACAUCUUGCAUCGUACACGUUUCCAUCCAUCGUUAUUAACCAAAAAAGUGGAGAAAUUGUCAAAGCUUACAUACGGAGUAACUCUAAUUCAAGUUCAAUAGCAAAAAUGUGUUUCAGGAUAACAUCUUUUGGUGCUAAACCAGCACCUAGUGUGGAUUCUUAUAGUUCAAGAGGGCCUGCAAAGAGAUGUCCAUAUGUUCUGAAACCCGAUAUUACAGGUCCAGGUACAUCAAUCUUAGCUGCAUGGCCCCCAAAUAUUCCUGUAUUGAAUUUUGGGUCUGAUUACUUCAACAAGUUCAAUAUUUUACAAGGAACAUCCAUGGCAUGUCCUCACAUUGCUGGUGUAGGUGCACUUUUGAAAGGAGCACAUGCUGAUUGGAGCCCUGCAGCUAUUAGAUCAGCAAUGAUGACAACAUCAGACAUACUUGAUAAUAAUAAGGAACACAUUAAAGACAUUGGAAAAGGUAAUGAAAUUGCAACUCCUCUUGCAUUGGGAGCUGGUCAUAUCAACCCCAAUAGCGCACUUGACCCCGGUCUUGUAUAUGAUGUUGGUGUACAAGAUUAUGUUAACUUUAUUUGUGCACUUAACUUCACACAAGAAAAUAUCACUUCCAUUACAAGGUCCUCUAACAAUAAUUGUUCUAAACCUUCCUUAGAUCUUAACUACCCUUCUUUUAUCGCUUUCUUUAAAGCGGAAAACUCCUCGUCAAGAACAUCCCAAGAAUUUAGCAGAACAGUUACCAAUGUUGGUGAGGAAAAAACAACUUAUGUUGCCAUCAUUACUCCAAUUGCAGGGUUCAACGUUAGUGUUAUCCCUGAUAAAUUGGUGUUCAGUAAAAUGAACGAGAAGCUAAGCUACAAGUUAAGAAUCGAUGGCCCAGGAAUGACACAAGAGAAUGAAGUAGCGUUUGGAUACCUCACUUGGCAGGAUGAGAAACAUGUGGUGAGGAGUCCUAUUGUUGUAACCAAUAUCAAAUUUGUAGAUGAAAAUAUCAAAUAA